CUUCACAUAACUGCAACCCAACAAUCACCCAGACAUGCCUCGAACCUUCUUCCUGCAGCAACGCACACUUCGAACACACCGUUGUGUUAUUUAGAGAUAAGCCUGGGAACUUUGCUGUUCAACAGAAUGAGUCAAUGAAAGACGUAUGCAUCACAUAAGUCCAACUCAGAAAGAAAAAGGUGUUACAUACAGAUAGUUUGAGCAACGUGAUUCUUCUGUUGGUGUUCUGCUCGUCCAGCAAGCUGUGAACAAACUAACAACGUAAAUAACAAACAGAACGGCACGAAAAAACAAACAGCUGUCAAGAUAAAAUUGCUCUGCAUUGCCAAUUUAUUGUCAACCAUACAGUCAAGCCAGUUAUGUACAUCUACUCAACAUAAAUCAAACGAAGAAUGGAAGACUUCUUUCAGACCGCUUUCACAACCAGCAAUUCAAAUCUCAGUGUGGCAUGCUUAGUGAACAAAGAAUUCACUUUCCGUUUUUUGUCUUCGGUCUACAUCAUUGUCUUUAUCAUUGGGCUACUUGGCAAUGGUUUUGGAUUGUGGAAUUUGGCCGUCAAUUGGAAGAAGUGGACGUCUUUAAACGUGUUUGUGCUUAAUCUUGGCAUUGCGGAUCUACUCUAUGUUGCCACCCUCCCUUUCUUUGUCUCCUACUACCUCAACAAAGAACAGUGGGUGUUUGGCUACAGUUUUUGCCGUCUUGCACGUUGCCUCUUCCAUGUCAACAUGUACGCAAGUAUAAGCUUCCUCACCUGCAUAAGCGUCCAACGUUAUUUGGGUAUUGUACAUCCGAUGAAAAUGAUGGGACGCUUCCAAAAUCUACGUCCCUCUUUUUAUAUCAGCAUCUUGAUCUGGAUUUGGGUAAUAAUUCAGAUUGUACCACACCUUCACUUUACAAAUGCACUUAAAAAUAAUACCUUCUGCUACGAUUCUACUACGAACGAUUUUUUAUCUAUUUAUACACCCUACUCGUUAAUUAUAACAUUUACUGGGUUCUUAAUCCCUUUUAUUAUCAUAGUGAUAUGCUACAUUCGUGUUCUCUCGGUCUUGAAGAAAAAUACGAACGUGGACCCCAACUUGAAGCAAAGAAGUAUCAAACUUGUCUUCAUUGUUUUGACAUUAUUUUUUCUCUGCUUUUUCCCCUACUAUACUUUCCGCAAUCUCAAUUUGUUAGCCAGAGUCUGGCAGUUGCAAGGAACGUGUACUCAGACCCUGCGAAAUGUCUAUGUUUCAUACCAGGUGACCAGAGGGUUGGCAAGUUUAAAUAGUGCCAUUAACCCCUUAGUUUACUUAGUGACCAACGAGAACUUUAUUUCUAAAUUCCGAAGGAUAAGAAGGAGAGCAUGGCACAAGUUUGUCAACUUGGGAAGAAGUCAAAGGCUUCCAGAGAGUAAAACAUUAAAUGAAAAUGUAAACAAUACACUCGAGGAAGCAUGUGAGCAAUUAUAACGUGCUCACAUUAUUUAUCUUUUUGUUUGUCCUGUUUUUUUGUUUUGUUAUGUUUUUCAUUUGCUUAGUUUUUCUUUUUCUUUUUAUAUCACAUCACUUUUUUGGGAUGUUUAAGUGACAAUUCAACUGAUUUUUGUUGUUGAAGAAAUGAAGACUGUGAGCUAAAACAUUGUUACAAUAUAUGUAUAUUCCAUGCAGUAUUAAUUUUGUAGGAAUUCGGGUUGGCUGUGAUAAAUGUACUUCAGAAUUGUUUUAUCUCGAAAAGAUGUAUUUACUGCCGUAAUGCAGGACGGAUUUAUUUAUAAAUACAAAAUAAAUAUACACAAAUGCUUGUGAUUCAGUAAAUACAUUAUGUGUGUGUGUUUGUCUGUCUGUAUGCAUGUGUGCACUGUCUGUCUUUCAUCUGUCUGCUUAUAUUUCUAUGUGUGUGCUCAUUGUUGUGAGCUUUUGUUUAACCAUCAAGUUUAACUAAGAAGAGGAUUCUAUAAAUAACACGUUGAGCAGCUUUGUCAAAUGUACUGUGUGUGUUUAUGUGUAAAAUAUUUAGAGAAUUUGUACCAGAAAUCGGUGCAUCAGCUAUUUAUUCAAGAAUUUCGUUGCAAAGUAAAAUGAUAAGCAAAGGUUCUGCAUUUCAGUUUAUUGCAUUAUAAAAAUAUAAUAUAGGCGUAAUAUAUGAUACCUCAGGCACACCCUUAGAACACCAGCUGUUUAAAGAGAGCUAUGCAGUUGCACCCAUAGAAAACCUGCUCUUUACAGAGAUAUGCAAAUGCCUUCAUGAAAAAUUAGUUAUAUACAGAGAAUUAUGAAGGCGCAUACAUAGAAAACAAGCUGCGUACAGAAAGAUAAUCAGGUGAACAUAUUGAAAACCAUUCAGCUUCUAAUUCUUGUGCAUACACCCCAUUAAGGGGUCUUUAUACACACCAUAGAAUUGCAGUUGUAAAAUGUAACUGAAUGGAUCGUGAUGUUAGAGCAAGUAUCUAUAACCCACAUUGAAGGCAGCACACUGGCAAUCAGUGUUACCAUGUCACAUUUAAAAGGUUAUAAACUGAAAACAAAUGGUUUAUAUUAACUAUCUUUAAAGGGGGGAGCUGUCACAAUCAAGACUUAUGUUGACGUAUCCUCUAUAUUUAACAAAUGCGUGUCUCUGAGGUUUGAAACAAUGAAAUGAAAGGUAGAAAUCCACGUUUCUCCAUCUUAGCUCCUGUUAGUCAUUGUUCUAAGCUCUGCCCUUUGCACCUGACACUCGGCAUAGAGAAAUCUCACAGUGAGGAGGUGAAAACAAACAAUGUUUCUAUCUUUCUUUCCACGAAUGUAAAUAUGAAUGGAGUAUCUCAAAAAUAGCUUGAUGCAAGAUUUUCAAUAUUUUAUUCAAUACUGUAAAGUCCAAAGGAAUGACAAAAUAUAUGUCUGUUUGUUUUUUAACCUUAACUGGAAAUUGUGGAGAAUUGACAAGGAAAUUGCAAAGUAGGCCAAAAUAGGAAAAUUGGAGAAUUCCUUUGUCCAUUUUCUACAAUUCCCAGUAAAAUUAAUAAAGCCAUAGGUUCCCGAAUAUGAUAUUAUUCUUAUGAAACAGCAAGACUGGAGGCUUUAUUGUCUGUUUACUAAACUGUGAAAUUUUACAAGGGAAUGUAAAAUUCGGGGUGUGUUAGUUACGUAAGACAGGAAAGGGCAGAACUUUAAAUAACUAUGUUUCCUCAAUAUAUAUUAGCGGGGAACUUUGGAAAGAAAUAUGCACGUGAUUUCUGCAAAAAAACACUUGGAGAAAAAAUGUGAUUGGUGACUCAAGACAAGGUGCUGAAGCAACUAAAGAAAGUUAAUAUAAACAAUGCUUCGAGGCCUGACGAUAUUCAACCAUGAGUACUUAAGGACCUAAGUGUGGAAAUAAGUGAACCUCUGUUUUUAAUCUUUAGGAUUCUUUUCUUUGAGGCAUUGUACCAGAGGAUUGGAUUAAGGUAGAUGUGGUUCCUAUAUUCAAAAGUGGUUCAAAACGUUUGCCUGAAAAUGAUAGAUCUGUGAGAUUAAUGUUUGUGGCUGGGAAAGUAUUUGAAGGUUUAUUAAGGGAUAAUAUUUAUGAAUUCAUUGGGGAGAAUAUUGUUAUUAACAAAAUUCAGCAUGAUUUUAUGAAACACAGGUCAUGUAAAACUAACUUAAUUGCAUUCUACAAACAAGGAAAUAGAGGUAUAGAUCAGGGUGUUGCAUCGCAUGUGAUCCUCUUGGAUUUUGCUAAGGCGUUUGAUACGGUUCCACACAAUAGGUUAGUCUUCAAACUAAAAGAAAUUGGUCUAGAAGAAAAUUCUUGCUCUUGUGUAGAACAUUGGCUUUGAGAUAGCACAGAGAGUUGUCAUUAAUGGCAAAUUUUCAAGCUGGACAAAAGUGGUAAAUGCUGUCCCUCAGGGUUCUGUUCUGGGAUCCCUCUAUUUAAUACACACAUAUAUAUAUAUAUAUAUAUAUAUAUAUAUAUAUAAAUGAUCUUGAAAUUGGCAUUGUAAGUCAUGUUUCAGUAUUUGCAGAUGACACUGACCUCUGUAAAGUAAUACAAUGUGAGCAGGAUAUUACAUCACUGCAGAGGGAUUUAGAUAGAUUGGGGGACUGGGCACUCAGUAAGAAAGGAGAUUUAGUCUAAGGCAAAAUAAAAGUUGUUUUUUUUUACAGUAAGAACAAUCAGGAUGUGGAAUUCUCUGCCUGUCGAGGUGGUUUUAUCAGAGUCUGUACAGAUGUUUAAAUACCUGCAAAAACAUAAAAUUCAGGGAUAUCAUUUUUAAUUUCUGGGGUAACAUCUCCUUGAUCCAAGGAGAGAUAUGACUGUCAUUCUGGGUCAAGAAGCAAUUUUAUCCUAGUUUGCUGCAAAAUUGGAAGAGCUUCAAACUGUUUAUUUUGCCUUCUUUUGGGUCAACAGCAAAAAUAGAUGUGGGAAAGUCGGAACUUGAUCGACGCAUGUCUCUUUCCAGCCUGUGUAACUUUGAAAGUGGUAACCUUGAAAAAUAGCUGAGUCAGUAAAUAUUUCAUUUUGACUAUUUUAACAAUAGUCAUUAAUAACAUCUGGAUUCUGUCUUUUUCCUACUUUGUAAAUAUGUGCAAU